AUGAAAGUUUAUACUUUAACUUUCAUCGCCUCGUCUUUUUCUGGUGUCGUUCUUUUGAUAUGCCUUCUUGCAAUGACAAACAUUUACAUGGAUGUCAAUACAAGUUGGGAUCAAUUAAAUAAUGACAUGGAGACAUUCAAAGGAUUAACAGAAGAUUCAUGGAAAACUAUUGUAUUGGUACAAUCAAAAGCAUCAUCAAUGCGUCAUAAAAGAGAAUAUGAAAGUGGAGGUGAUUCAUACAAUAGCGGUAAACAAGGUUAUUCAUCAGGUGCAUUACCACCAGCUGGUGUUGAAGCUUCACCUCCUGCUGGAAAUAGUCCACCAGAUGCCUGUAAUUGCAGAACAGGAAGAGAUAAUAAAUGUCCACCUGGACCACCAGGACCUAAAGGUGCUUCAGGACCACCUGGUCUUCCUGGUUUACCUGGUAUUGAUGGUAAAAAUGGAGUAGAUGCUGAGGACCUUGCGAGAGAUCAUGUUGAAGGAAACUUCUGUAUUACAUGUCCAUCAGGACCACAGGGACCACCUGGAGCAAUGGGUAAAGCUGGACCAAAAGGAAAUAAAGGACGUACUGGAGAUCCUGGUAAUAGAGGACGUGAUGGUCAUCCUGGAAGACCAGGUGAAAUUGGUGUACCAGGAAAUCCUGGAAGAGAAGGACCACCUGGAAGUCCAGGAGAGAAGGGUCAUGAUGGUCGUUUAAUAAUAGGACGUCCUGGAUUAAAAGGAAAGAAAGGACCACCAGGACCUCCAGGACCACAAGGAAGACCAGGAAAAACAGCACCACAAGGACCUCCUGGACCAGUUGGAAAACCAGGAAACAAAGGACCUACAGGUCCACCAGGAGAACCUGGUAUUGUUGGUAUUGUUGGACAAACAGGAAAACCAGGAAGAGAUUCAGAAUAUUGCCCAUGUCCAACAUCAACUCUCACCAAAGAAGGAAGAAAGUAA